GGUGACCGUGGAACGGCGAAAGUUUUCUAUGACGAUGAGAAGUCGAAUUUUUGGAUUUUUCGCGUGACAAGUUCGUUGUGAAAAAAAACAAAAAAGAACAAUUACCUUAUUAUUUAGAACAUUUGCAAGCAAUAAAAAAUUUGUUGUGCUACUCUGUCGGCUCGGUGUCGGUGCAUGUUGGGUGUGAAAUAAAAAAAAUCAAUUGCCUCAAAGCCUCUCGACCAAUUUCAAUUUUAUUCUCUGCGUGUGCAAAAAAAAAACUACGAAAAAACGAAGACGAAAAAAGUCAGCAGCGAGGAAGAAAAAGAAUAGAAAGGAAAGCGAAAAUAGCCACAGAAAAAGAAACAAAAUUAAGUCAUUCAAGCCACCAGGCCACGGAAAAUUAAACGACGACGACGACAACGGUCGCGUAGAAGUUGAAGAAAAUGUACAGGAACAGGGGAGGAGGAGCAGCCGCAGAAGCAGUAGUAUAAAUAAAUAGCGAAGCAGCGAAAAGAAGUGUUGCAGCUAUUUUGCGUUUGAUUGUUCGCAUCGCAUUGUAAUCAAGUUUCAUGCAAUAAGAAUAUAUCAAAGUGAAAAUCAAAUUUUCCAAAUCAGAAAGCCUCCUCGACUGGGUGGCAACACGACUGCCACUGUGUGCGUGUGUAUAUGUCUGUGUGUGUGUGAGUGUGCCGCUUGUGACUGUGUGUGUGUGUGAGUGCUCCGAGUUAGUGUUGAGGCGUUCCGUUCGCUCGAAAAAGGAAAAAAUAAAUAUAUUUUAAAGCAAACCGACUGUGUCUUUGUGUCGAAUUUCCGGAAAAAUUCAACAUACGUUACCAUGGAAUAUUACCUAGGAGGAUAUGUCUUAAUGAAUGGAGAUGCAGUCAAGAUCCAACCGCCGGUCUACGCCAAUGUUCCUGUCGAAACGGCAAUGUUAGCUACAAACUUGUUCGGCACCACAGCACAGAUCGCAGCCCCAAACGCAGCAGCCCACAUACCAUUGAUCACAGCCGCCCCAGCAGCUGCUGCCCCCGCUCCAGUCGCAGCCGUGGCAGCGCCACAGACCGCUCCGCUUUCACAUCAGCAUCCACAGCAGGUUCAGGUUCAGGUGCAGCAACAGCAGCAGCAACCGCAUCCACACCAGCAGCAGAUUAUUGCUCAUACACACGCCCACCAACAACACCAGCAGCAGCAACAGUCUCCUCAGACCAUUCAGGCUCAUCCCGCACAGCAUUUGCAAUACGGACAUCCGCCUCCGCCGGCACAGGCACAGGGCGUGGCUAACUCCGCAGUGAUUGUAGGAGGAGGAGUAGGAGGAGGAAGCGCUGCCGGUGCCGGUGCCGCUGCUGAGAGCAUCGAUAAUCCAGAAUUCGCCAUCAUGAAUGGGGCAAUUGGCCAGACCCAAGAUGGCACCGUCGUCUGCUACACAACCGAUGCUCUGGUACCUGGUGUUAAUAAUACGAAUUUAGUUGCAAUCGAGCCGCAACCCCAACACAUUGUAGUGCCGGUUCAGGUUCCUGUUCCAGUUUCCGUUCAGCUACCGGUCACAGUGCCUGCCAAUGGACCGCUGCCCACCCAGAACCCAGAGCUGAAGCAGCAGCAACAGCCACAGCACGGUAACAACCCCAAUGCCGCAGCCGGAGACGAUCCGAAUCUACCGAUAGACAAGCUUAAGCAGAUGUUGGCUACUCAGCUUGAGUACUACUUUUCCAGAGAGAAUCUGGCCAACGAUACUUACCUGCUGUCGCAGAUGGACACCGACCAAUAUGUGCCCAUAUGGACUGUGGCCAGAUUUAAUCUUGUUAGGAAACUAAGCAAGGACAUCAAACUUAUUACGGAGGUGCUGCGUGAGUCGCCCAACGUUCAGGUGGAUGACGAGGGUCUGCGCGUGCGUCCCAAUCGCAAGCGUUGCAUCAUCAUAUUGCGCGAGAUAUCCAACAACACUCCCCUCGAUGACGUCAAGGCUCUUUUCAGCAACGAGAACUGCCCGAGGCCGAUCUCCUGCGAGUUUGCUGCCAACAAUUCGUGGUACAUCACAUUCGAGUCGGACGAGGAUGCGCAAAAGGCCUUUAAGUAUCUGCGCGAGGAGAUCAAGGAGUUUCAGGGCAAGCCCAUUAUGGCGCGCAUUAAGCCCAAAUCGUUUAUCAAUAGAAUACAAGCUGUACCAAAUAUUAAGAACGGCUACCGUCUCACAUCGCCACCGACUGCCGCAGUUUAUGAUCCUUCCGGUGCUGGGGCUGCCGCUGUCAGCUAUACGACCGCCCCACAGCGAUACUUGUAUACCACCAAUGGGACAGUCCUUGGCCCCGCCUCAGUUCCCUACAAUAAUCAGGUAGUGAUUCCGAUUCAACAGAAUCAAUUCUAUCCCGGCUUGAUGGCUGGUCCAUGGCCACCCGGCACUGUGACCGCUGCCGGCCACGGCCAGAACUUCUAUGAGAUUGGUGGUAACAUCUAUGCCACCAAUCCGUUGGCUCCGCAGGCUGUAGCCAGCUUCGCCGCCGCACCUCCACCCACCGCACAAACGAUUGUCACAUCCAAACCGCAGGGUGGUGGCGGUGGCCGCUACAACAACAAUAAUCAUCGUGGCAAUCCCAACAAUAUGGGCGGUGGUGGCAACUCGGGACCACGCGGUGAGCCCCGAAACAAACCCCCGCGCAACACACAGACUCCAUCCCAUAUCCAGAGCGGCAGCAUUGUGCCCAUCCAGCUAGCGGGAGGCAUUCCCGGUGGCAUGGUGAGCGUGGUGCCCGCCAAUAUUGUGGAUCCCCUACAACAGGCUUCGCUGCAGCAGGGCCAGCAACAGCCGGUUCACCAGCAGCUACAGCAGCAGCAGCCGACAAGUUCCGCCCAUGUCCAAGUCCAACAGCAGCAGCAGGCAACGGGGCAGGUGAACAACUCCAAUCGCCAUUAUAAUACAAUAAAGAGUAAUAAUUGGAAGGGUGGAAUGCAGAAGAACCUGGACAAAAGCUAUGGCGGUGCGGUGGCCACUCACCACCACUACAGCACCCAGGCCCAGGGUCUGUCCACACAUGGCCACCAUCUCCAGGCCCAGCAGCAACAGCAGCAACAACAACAGGGACAGGGACAAUCACAACAGCAGCACUAUCAUUUGGCUUCCUCUAGCGGCGCGAGCACACCUCAGGUAUCUUAUGCCAGUGCUCAGGCUACGGCUACCUUGACGCUGGCCCCGCAGCCCAGCCAGCACCAACAUCAUCUGGUGGCCCAUCAUGCCGCCCAGCAACAGACGCAGCAGCAGCAGCAGCCGCCGCAGCAUCAGCAGCAAGUUGAGCUGCAGGAGGCGGGAGAGAACGUGGAGCAUGGUUCGCAUGGGAUGCAACAGGUAAAUCGCAGCAGCAACAUGUCGGCCAGCUCCUCCUCGUCGAUGGCCACAUCAAUCAGCAAGGAGCCGCUGCAAUGGCAGACGCGUCCACGUCGUCGUCGUCGCGAUGAGGAGAGCGGUACUAUCAAUUAUUCUCCAAGCGGUCGAGUGGGGCUCUUUGGCACCUCACCCUCCGCGCCGCAUCAACAGCAACAGCAGAUGAUUUCAUCGUCUUCGUCUUCCGCCAGCAAUGUGCAGUCGGGCAACGGCGGUCCCUCCCAUCGCGGCGGUGAUCGGGAGAGCCAUUACAAUAUUCACGAUGUACCACCACCACAGCCCCAGCACCGGGGCAACUACAAGGGCAACAACUAUAAUCCUAACUAUCACGCCCAGCACUCGUCCAUGUCGAACAGCUCCCAUCACCAUCACCACAAUGCCCUGUCCUCGCAGCACCACCUGCCAGCGGGACAGCAGCAGGGCUCGAGUCACCACUAUCACCACCAUCAUCACCACAAUUCCAUCGGCAGCAAUGUGGGGAACAGCGGAGGAGUGGGCGUCAGCAGUGGAGCUGCAGCCGCAGUCGCUGGAUCUGGGAACAACAGCGUGUCGGGUGGAAACGGCAAUGGCACCAAUGAGCGUGGCAUGCAUCACGUUUCCCUGGGCUAUCAGGGACACCAGCAUCAGCAACAACAACAACAGCAGCAGCAGCAGCAGCAGCAACAACAGCAACAACAACAACAACAACAACAACAGCCGUCAGCGCCAGUGCAACCGCCGCAGUUUGAUCUAGAGGCAACCGCCUUCCCACCACUGCCAGCCUCGUCGGCAUCGGUAAGCACGCCACACACUCCUCAGGCCAAUAGUGCGUCCGUGCACAACUCCAACUCGUCCUCCUCUGCGCCUGCCCUAACACAGAAACAAAAUCCUUAUCAGCAGCAGCAGCAGCUGAGCGGCAGCGUGGAGAGCACCGAGGAUCAGCGUUCAAGCAAUCAUCAGCAGGGCGAGAGUAGUCCUCAUCUGGCCAACAGUUCCGCUGUCUCUGCCGCUGCCAACAACUGGUCCGAGAACCGCCUCUCGGACGUGGUCCGCACUGGUGGGGGAGGAGCCGGUGCCGGUGCCGGUGCCGGUGGCGGUGGCGGAGGUAAGGCCAAGGCUCGCAAGGAGACUGUCCAAAGCAAGCACCAUCCGAAUCAGACCCAGCCGCAGCAGCAGCAACAACAACAACAACCACAGCCGCAGCCACAGCCGCAUUUGCCUCCCAACUUCCAGCAGCAUCAGCGAAAUGUGCCGGUCAGUCCCACGCCAGCCGUGGAGUACGCGCCCAUCGAGGGCAACAAUACUAAAAACGUUACUAAGCAGAGCUCUAGUAGCAGUUCGACCCAUGUGAUAAAGUGUCUAACACCAAAUAUCAAUGCCAGCAGCAAGGACGAGGCAGCCGCCGCCGGAGUCGGGGUAGGAGCCGGACCUGGUGCUGCCCAGCAGCUGGAUAAAUCAAACAAGACUGAGGAUGAAAUGCAUCCAAAGCAGCCGCUGCUGCAGCAGAAUCCGCAGCAACGUCUGGCCGAAUCCUACGUCCAGACUAUGCAGCAGCAGCAGCAGCCGCCACCGCUGGCUGCCCACAACGAUUAUGCAAGGGGCGCGGAGGCAAUCACUGCCGUGCCCGCGGGCGCUGGCGCCUGCAGUGUGGCGACAAAUGCGACCGGUUUGACCGCCAGCCUGGCCGAGUGCAGCCUCAGCCAGCACAAGAAACCGCCCUCCGUUGCCGCCCUGCACGCCAAGAAGGAGGCAAGCCUGACCAAGGAUUCAGCCAGCAAGAAGAGCGUUGCCACCUCAACAUCGAACGAGAACAUUGCCGCCGCCACGGCAAGUAAGCUCAGUUACGCUCAGGUGGCCCAGCAUCACAAGGCCUCCACUGACAGCAAGGAUGGAAGUGCCUCCACAGGCACCCUCUCGCCCACUGGCAGCCAGAAGAUGGAUCUAGUCUUCGGCGAUCCCUCCACAAUCGCUGCCGCAGUGGAGAAGAGUGUGAUCGCCACCGAGAAGCGUGUAGCAGGAGGAGCCUCCCCGGUCGUCAAUGCUGUGCCGUCUGGCAAGGGUGCCAGCGGCAUUCAGACAUUGAAUUCAGCUCAAGUCAGCAAUGCAGUCGGUGCCAAGGAGAAAGAUGCCCGCUCCCAUGCCUCUCCCAUGGGCGGUGGUGGUCGCCACCAGAGCAAGGAGAAGCAACAACAACAACAACAACAUCAGCAACAUUACGGCUCUGGCACAGAGCACAAUACCAAUGCCAAUGUAGGCUCGGUGACCGGCGGCAACCGCAAGUCCAGAGCCCACAACAACUCUUAGGGGAAGGGAAAGUCGUUGCCAAAAGCGAGGCAACUGUGAGCGACCUUUGCAGGAUGCCUCUGAUAAUGCAUCUGCCUGUAUAUAUAUGAAAUUCCAUUUGUAAAUACCAGAACAAUUUUUGUUACAUCUAUAAGUGCUAUAGAUAUUUACCAGUUAACUAAGGAGGCAUACAAAAGCUUUUGCCGCUGCUCAACAGAGAAGAGAAAGAGGAGGAGACGAGGUGGUGGAGUAGCAGGCGGAGCUUGGACCAGUUAUCAUAUUAGUAGGCAAUGGAAUAAAGGAAUAAUGAAUGGUGCAUACCCCUUUCUCCAGCUAUUUACCUGCAUAUAUUUAUAUACGUAUAUAUAUGUAUAUGUAUAAUCAGUUAUCGUUUACUGUUGAUCUACGUCUUUACCUAAGAUUGAGGGGUACACCGUGGACUAGAGCAGAGAUGAUAUUUGCAGAAUAACGAACCGAGAGUAGAUGAAUAGAGAAUGGAGAGAGGAUAGUGGAUAGUGGAUAGAGAGGAUAAGUGUAGAGGAAGAUUUGAAUAUGCCUAAGCUAUGAUUACGAUUACCAUUAAUGAUUACCGAGUGAAUAAGUCUAAGUUUUGAUUUUAGUUAGCCAACUUGCAUCGAACGAUAAAACAGAGCAAAAGAAAGAUACACAUUGUAAACGAUUUUACUGAUAAAUUACUGAUGAAACUCAUGCAUCAUGAAUCAUACGUUACGUUGGUUUCGUUAUUAUCUACGUUUAGUAAUUCAUCAAUAUCAUUUAGCUUACACUCACAAACGACACACACCACACCACACACCACACGACAGCACACACACGAUACACUCACAUCUAACUUAAUGUUUAUAGCCAAAACAGAAGUACACAGAUACGAGUAUAUGGCGUAUAUGUUAUCUAUAUACAUAGCUAUGUCUCUGCUAGUCCCACAAGUUAGGGUUACUUCUAUUAAUUAGAUAUAUACGAGUAUACAUACAUAUAUAUAUAUAUUGAUAUAUUAUUUUGAACCAUUGUAACAUUUUAUCAGUUGGUCUUGUUUGAGCGAAUGGAUUAUAUUUUUAUGUACACAAAUAUUUUUUUUGAAGUGGAUUCUCGUACUUAGUUCACGGCAUAACAACAUACACGCAGACCAACUGCCCUUAUACCCAUGGCCACAACCACAACCCCACCCACCCUUACAACUGAGUAUAUCCUUCAUUUUGAUACUUACGUAUAUCGUAUAAUGAGAAUAACUUAUAUUUUAAAAUUGCAUUUGUUUCCACACAAUGAAUGGCAAUUUUCUCAGUUUGAUGGUUUCACGUCUAUUUCAAGAAGCAAAAGAAAAGAACACGAAGAACGAAGAUCUAGAAUGAUUAACAAGUUAGUGCAUUGCUAAAGCAAAUAAACUCUAUCCUUAUAAAGCGUAGGUGGACACAGCUACAGCUCAGCUCAGCUCAUAAGACAGACACUAUCCAAUGUUAUAUUUACAAUUCUGUAUAUAAGCAUACAAAGAAUGUAUUCUACACUCACCAAACACACACUCUAUAUACAACAAAAAGGUGCCAUAACACUAAAACGAAAACCAACUCACACACGAAAUUCUGCGAGGUUUAGGACAACACAAAUAGGCAUUUAAAAACGGAUUCUAUUCUUAUGUUAAACUGUCUCUCAAUUUAUAAUGCUACCACCCCUCUAAAUAAUGAUGCUCAUUAUCGAUUUUGGUUUCCUUUUUUACGCACAAACACAAAUGAUUUACGAUUAACGAUCUACGAAGAGUCGUCCUGAUUUAUUCGAGAAGCAUGUUAUUUGAUCCCUUAAUGCAUAACAUCAUCCAUUGGCAACAGGAGAUGAGGAGGAAGAGGAAUAAUCAGUAGUCUUAAGAGCGUACACGCGAUAUCUAAAUGUGUGCAAAUAAAUAGAGAGAGAUAUACAUAAAUAUAUAUAUAUAAAACUACUCUAGGCCUAAGAAUUAAGUUUAGAAAUGCGUAUGGGAUAUUCACACUUAACUGCAAGAAUAUUCAAAAAUUUUUUCUAUAUAUAUAUUUUUUUUUUUUCAACUUUUAUUUGAGAACAAAAGUGCGCCCCGUCUUUCACAAACACACACCCCAAAAACUAACGAUAGAUUUCAAUUUAUUUUCCAUGAAAUACACGGCAUACAAUACGUUUUGUUCUCUUUAAGUUAACGCUGAUGAACACACUGUGAAUGAAAUGAACCGAACAAUGUUUUCCCGAAAAACAAAACUCAUCCAAAAUCAAAAAAACGAAAGAGAAAUUAAGAGAUGAGAAGAGAAGGAGGAGAAGAAUCAACUCUUUAACUGAAGACUUUCUACCGAAAUGUAAUUGAAAAUUUAACAAAAAUACGAGAAAGAAAACUACAACUGAAAACCAAUAUAUAUAUACAUACAUAUAUGUAAACAUAUACUUUGUUUCUAUGAAAACAAUCGAAUAAGCUAAGUGCCUAUACUAACUAUUAUAUUGUGGCGUGACACGCAAGUACAGUCAGACCACUGAGCCAAGAACCAAACGUGUCCUCCCUCCCUCAAUCGCACACUCCACUCGCGCAGUCAUCAUGCUCACUCACUCAAUCACUUAACUGCCUCUAGGAGCUAACUUAACCUAACAAUGAAAUGAAAACAAAGCAACAAACACUCAUUGAAUCGAACCAAUCGAAUGAUUCAUUCAUUCGUCCACUGAUCUUCGGCCAGCCGGGGGGUUUUCCUGCCACUGGCUCAGGGGUCGCUACGAUAGACAGGGAGACACAGACACCCCCACACAUAGUAUACCUUGCUCAGUGGUUUGUCGUGUACUCGGAACACUACAAAUUUAACUUUAAAUAAUUCAUAGUUUAUAGUUUGUAUCUUCCCCAUUUGAUGAAAGACCCGACACUCUCCCUAACUAUCAUUCAACCGCCGCCACACCCCACCCCACCCCACCCCACUCAGCACACACAUAUUAGUUUCGAACGUUCUCAAAUGAUUUUGUUGUGCUCAUCACUCACUGUCGGCUGCCACAAUAGCAAACACAGAACAUACAGUGGGACCUCAGUAGGGCGGACACCGACUUGACUUGGACUGCGGACUGCUUUAGGGCGAAUGUUAGAGCGAGGGUUUGGUUGAGCGAGCGUGCGGCUGUGCGGCUGCUGUUGGUUGGGGAGCUGGAUGCGAGGCAACCCCGUUCUUCCGGCAAUGAGAUGUGAUAUUAUGCAACUGACGGAUCGUCAAUUGUGUGCGACAAAAAAAAAAAUGAAAUAUACGGAAACGGCUGCUCAAUUGGGCUUUCCUCCAGCAGCAGACACGUCCAGACAUGUUCACACUUAGACACACCACACACACAAAGAGAGAGACACGCAGAGAAAGAACAGUAGCGAGAAGUAGAGGAGAAGCGAAGCGAAGAGAGAGAACAGAAAAGAGUAGUAGGGUAUAGAGAAAGUAAAGAAACAUUGUUGAUGUUGAAUAAUUUUAAGGCAAUACAAUAAAUUAAACUAAAUUGUUACAUUGUAAACCUGAGUUCUUAAGUUAUUUAUUUUUGUAUGAUUAAGCAGCGCAUAUGACACCUUGUUAUAUUUACAAAAUAAUACUAUUAGAAAUUCAGCAGACAUGCCACGCCAAUAGUUAGCAUCACAUCCCCUAUACUCAGACCCAAAAACACACACGAAAAAGUUUGGAGGCAUCAUUAAUAUUCUAUUAUUUCAAAUGGAAUAACCCUCGCCAAUCAACUGUACAUACUAUACACCAGAGGCUUCUAUUCUAUCCUCAUCUCUUUUUUUCACCGCCUUACCAUUGACCAUUCUUUAUGGCACUGCCAGCAGCUAGGUUUCUGUUCCCUUUUCCUCUUCUAAUUUCUGGGUCUCCCCAACGCCGCUUGUGAAGAGCGUGGGGCUAGGCGACUACCCCACCAGCCAUGCUCCGGUUAUCGCAAAUCUCAAAACGUGGCGAAUUGACUUAAAUCGCAAACGUGCGUGCUCCGUCUUUCGCAAAUCGUAGGGUUCUUACAUUUUAAAAUACAUUUUUAUGAGAGCAAACAAAAUAUUAACAUAUUUGCUGAUGUUUUCAGUUUAUAUUUAUACAAUUGGAUAUUUUUUUCCAAAUAUUAUCUUAAUAUAUUCAAUUAAUUUAUUUCUAAUGACACCGCAAAUUUUACUUCACUUAAAUAAACCAAAACAACAACAAAUGGUGAAUUCCCUCCCGAUUUGCACAACGAGGGCAUGUUUAACUAAAAUAUUUUAAUUUCAAAAAGGAAAAACAGCUUUUCUUUAUCAAUUGGGAAUGAAACACUAUCGACAGCAAAAAGUUUCGAAAACCGGAGCACAUAGAUUUCAAUUCGUACGAAUUUUUCCCGAAAUCGUAAUCGCAAACAUUUGCGAAAACCGGAGCAUAGCUGUACUUUCUUUGAAUGGCUAGAGACCAGGCGUUGUGUCCUUUUUUUCAAUGGGUUAGUUCUUUGCUUUUAUGUACUACCAAUAAGCUGCAGAGAAAGAAAGUUAAACAGAAGAAUGCUUACGCACAUUGUUAUCACUAGAAAAGCUACAACAACAAGAACAACAAAAUCAACAACAACCUGUCUGUUAAACAAAAGAAAACAAAAAUGCAAAUAUGUAAUAUGAGUAAUACAUAUAUAUAAAGAUAUAUAUAUAUACUUACAAAAAGAAUAUGCGUAAUCAACUGUAAUUGUACCGAAAUUGAUAACUGUAAAGCGAAAAGAAAACAAAAUGGUUUAUAAAAUUGCAUAUGAUUAAAACUAUAAACUAACUAUAAAAUCAUACAAUAUCCCCCCCUUUAUGCAGCAGCGAAAGCCACACAACCAAUCAACAGAGUUAAUGCAUAAUUGAGUGUGUAAUAUGGCAUACAUAUGAAUAAAAUAAAAUAAAAUAUUAUAAUAAAACAAAGCAACAAAAAAAAAAAGGAAAAAAAAUACAAACACUGAGAAACAACCAAAACACGAAAAGGCGUAAUUCAUUUCCCCCUAUAUAUACAUACAAUAUAUAGAUAUAUGGUUAAGAGUGAACAAUUUGUACGUAAAAGCCACACACACACACGAUGAUAAUGGUGAUGUUGAAGAAAAAAACCAAACCUGUACUCGUAAUGAAAAUAUAGCAAAGAGUUUAAAUAAAAUUUAAACUAACAUAAAUACAGAGAGGGAAAACAUUUCAUGACCACAAAACACACAGAACACAACACAACACAACACAUACCAUACACACAACACACGAUUAUUUUAUUUUAUUGUAUGUAUCAUAUGAACGAAAAGAAAAUCAAAUAAUAAAAGAAAAGAACAAGGAGAGAACAACAAGCGGGCGUAAUGUAGAUUAAAUGUAGAUAGCAGAAAGAAAAAACAACACAAGAAACAUGUCAAACAAUAAAGCGAGCGAUAACCAGCAAGAAAAGCUGUACAAAA